AUGGACGAAGUCUUUAGUGAUCCAACUGAUGAAGAAAACUCUGUUAACUCCAGUGUCACUCCUGAUACCUUUACUUCCUCCAAUCCUGGCUUGGAAACUAACACCUCCGUGUCGGAAAAUGUUGGUGACGACAACGCCCAUGUAUCCGAGGAAAACGACCUGAGAAUAUCGAUAAAUUCACCUCCAGAAAUCUUGAGAGGCAAAUACCACUCACUGCCUGGAAAGAAACCCAAGCCUGGACUAGAUUUCAACCUCCCUCCAAUAAGCAAAAUUGAGGAUAUAUUUGACGAUAUUUCGAUCAAUGCCGAAAGGAAUGGGUUUAAUAACUUCCUCGAUCACAUUGGCUCGCGAGAUCUUCGCGUCGCCACCAUGUGUUCUGGUACUGAAGCGCCUCUUCUCGCUCUAGAAAUGGUGAUGGCUAGAUCGUAUACUGAUUUGAUCCCCAGAGUUACUGCAUUUGGUUCACUCCGGAAAGUGCCUUCGACUUUGGAUCUACUGGUUGUUGGAUUCUCUUGUGUGGAUUUUUCAAAUAUGAACCUCUACCGCAAAACUCUGGACGAAAUGGGGGAAUCAGGCCAUACAUUUUAUGGCGUCUUGCGAUACACUCAACGUUGUAGGCCACCCUUAAUGAUCCUAGAGAACGUCUGCGGAGCCCCAUGGGGCCAUAUCAAGGAUGCUCUCAAGGAAAUUGAUUACCACGCCUAUCACAUUAAAGUAGACACGAAAAACUACUACCUGCCACAAACUCGUGAGAGAGGAUAUAUGCUCUGCAUAGACCAAACCAGACUUGAAACUCUACCUCCUGCAGACUCUAAAUCAUCCGCAUUUGCGAAGAUGAUGAAAAACUUUGAACGCCCUGCGAGUUCUCCCGUCACGCAAUUCUUACUUAAAAACGACGACCCUCGUUUGCUGGACGCCAUCGAUGAUAUAUCCUGCAACACAACCAAGGACCGCCAGGCCGUUGAUUGGACUCGGUACAAAGCACGUCACCUUCGGUAUAGGAUGAGGGAAGGACUUGGGGAUAAAAGACCUCUUACUCGUUGGCAGGACAACGGUAGCUGUCAAAUGCCUGACUUCUAUUGGCACAGAUGGAGCAAGGUGCAGACCGAACGUGUUUGGGAUACGCUUGACGUAAAUUACCUGCGGAGCAUAAUCAGAGGUUUUGAUAUCAACUUCAAAUCCCGGAUCAUCGACCUUUCUCAGGGGCUUGACAGGGAGCUGGACCAGCGUGCAUCCGGGGUUUCUGGUUGUUUGACUCCACGGGGUCAACACUUUGUCACUUCGCGGGGUGGUCCUCUCUUAGGUAUCGAGGCGUUGGCUCUGCAGGGAAUUCCUAUCGAUAGGUUACUGUUAGGCAAUGACAGUCAACGAGAUCUCAACGAUCUUGCAGGCAACGCGAUGAGCUCAACUGUUGUAGGGGUGGCGAUUAUGAGUGCUUUGAUUGUAGGAUACCAGGCUCUUGCGCCUGGCAAAACUGGCGGAAGAAACUCCAAAAACGAAGAACACUUUAUAACUCAGAUGCAAAUUGCUGACAAUGACACUGUGGAGCUCGUCCCCCUUCAUUCGGGGGACGAAAUUGUGCUAUCUACACACGAGGUUUUCGAAAUCGGAAAGCGAAGUUCGAGAAUGUGUAUUUGUGAAGGCCAAGCAUUGACGAAAAGAACUGACAUGUUGAUAUGCUUGAAAUGCGGGCUUACUGCAUGCAAAUCAUGUGGACGCAAUCCUCCACAUGUAUAUUCUCCAAUUCCCAAGGAUGAAUUGAAUGCGCGGGUGUCCCCAAUAGAUUUCGAGACCCAAUUGAAGAAAAAGCUGCCGAUGAGACUUCAAGUUAACGGACUACCCCUUGCGUUAUACCGAGAACUAAAGCAAGACGAUCUGCCGGUUGACGUUUCGUCGACGUGGGAUGAUUUUUUCAAAGUCCUUCUUCCAGCAUUAGGGGAUGAGCUGCGAUAUCAAGGGGUGACCCGAAAGAGAUCCUGGACGAUAACGUAUACAGGAUCCUUAUCCGUACUAAAAUUUGUUUGCUCUUCCACAAGGUUGCAAUGGUCCCUUUACCUUAAGCCACCAAAAGAUGAACCGAGCAAUUCUCCCCUCCGGCAAGUUUUACGUUAUCCCAUCGCUUCCAUGACCCCGUCCGGCAAGAAUAUAUUGAAUGGAAUUUGGCAUAUUACGUCCCCAAUUAGUUCAUAUUUUGAUAUUUUUGUUUCUGGUAAGGGAAAUGUACUUCCAUCUAUCGGUUCGCGAGCUGGGUUGAAGCGCUCGCACUUUGCUGAUGCUAAGGUCUGGAGUAAAAUCAAUAUAUCCGCAACUGAUGCUGCUGUUCAAAAUUUGGAGUUUGAUAUCCGCGGAGAAUACGAGCUUCUGCAAGACUGUGGUGCCGCUAGUGGAAGCUUGCAUAAGAAAAUGGUGUCUGGCUGUGACCCUCCUGUUUACUGUUUCCUGGACCCUACAGAUAUUGGUCCUGCAGAGUUUGAUUCUUGGGUUUUUGCGCUCAGCCAUGAUCGGCUGGAUAUCGGGGAGGCGCGUAUUAUAAUAGCAGAGUUGCGCCCGAAUUGGGAUUCAUGUACCGUUUCCAAUGAGCCCGAGUCCGUUCGCUGCUGGUUCCGAAAGACCACUAUGACUGACAUGGUCUCUCUUGACAUCUACUCCCCAUCUCCUUUCUACCAGACUACAACCCCCAAAACUAUUGCUACAAGCAUCGGAUCCAAAUGUCUAAAUUCUUACGUACCGAUGCUUGUAUCCUCAAUUCCUGCAACUGGCGCAGAAUUGUCCUGGGAACCUGGUACAUGGAAGGUCUCAAAUCUGAUGGAAUCACCAGCUGUUCUAAGAAAACUUUCAUGGUUGUUACAACCGGCCAGUUCAGUGAAACAAUUUAGCGAAUGGACUGGCAUAUGUCUGGAUAAUGAGGAAUGCGGAAAAGAGUGUGAUAUUUGCGCGCCUCGAAAACCUCGACUAUUAUGGGCUUUGGACGAAAAAGACCGCAUCUAUGCGUACGAAGACCCAGAGGAUGCUGCCGUGUAUGAACAAAGCAUAAAGAAACGACCAGCAACGUUUCUGGGGUUUACUAGGUUUGGUCAUGAUUCUAUUCUACAGGUAAAACUAUGUUUGAAUGUGAUAACCCUUAUUCAUCAAGCAAGGGGAAAGCUGGUUAAAAAGGAGCAAGUGUCCCAAGUCUCUCUGGAAUGGCGCGUCUGCAUUGAUAAUGUCGGUUUUCUUCGCCAGCGACUACCUAUGUUGAAGGAGCAAAACAACAAAGGCGACAUUGAAUCAACACAACCUCCCGGAUUCAAGUUCUUUAAUCUCCGGCCCGAGCAAUUGCGAUCACUUACCUGGAUGAAAGAGCAGGAGGAUAUGGUUCAGCCUUUCCAAGAGGAGGAGGUCGUGGAGGCAAUGUUACCAGCUAUAAAUUGGAGGGCGGAAGCAAAAGCCACGGUUAAACAUUUUGUGCGCGGUGGUAUUUUGGGCGAUGACGUUGGAUAUGGAAAAACAGCUAUAACUCUUGGUUUAAUCGACUAUCAAUUCACCAAGGAUGUAAAAAAUGUGCCUCGUUUUGUGAAAGGGGCGAUUCCAAUCAAGGCUACUUUGAUCGUGGUUCCUCAUCAUUUGAUUGAUCAAUGGUCUCGAGAAAUUACCAAAUUUUUGGGCAAGAAGUACAAUGUUUUGGAGAUCAAAUCAAUUGCCUCGCUACGAUCACUAACUAUUCUUCGAUUUGAAAUAGCUGACAUUGUGUUACUUUCAACCUCCGUGAUUCGUGGAGCGAGCUACUAUGAAAGGAUGGAGCUUUUUGCAGCAACAUCUGCGGUGCCGAAAGGGGAUGGUAGGAUAUUUGAUGAAUGGCUGAGUGACGCGACGGCCGCCGUUAGGGAUCACGUCGACCUUCUUCUGACAAAAGGACCCGAAGUAGUACUCCAUAACAUGAUUCAGAAGCAAGCUGAUUUUAGGAACAGUGGAGUGUUUUCAAGAUUCCAGCCUUCUAGGCGGUUAAAGGGGCGAAAAUUCCAAGACCAUCUGCUUAACCUCAAGAAAAAGAUGCAGAAAAUUAACAAUGAUAGCGCGGCAACGCACGAAACAGUUAACGACUCAGAAACCAAACUCAACAUCGUUCAAUCGAAAUUGCAAAAUAAGAAGAGGAAGACAAUGGAGUACGAUAGGGGAAACGAACCCGAUAUUGCAAAUUCGGAGGCAACCAAAGCCCCUCAGGCAAAGAAAUCGAAAAGAAUUGGACCCGGUAGCGAGUUCGACAAAACGUUUCAACUUCUGAAUUGCAACGGCGAUUGGAAAAGAAUGCGAUCCCCUCUAAUUCAUAUGUUUGAAUACAGCCGAAUUGUGAUAGACGAAUUCACGUACUCGAAGGAUCGAAACUAUUCAUCAGUGCUUUCUAUCCCCGCUCGUAGCAAGUGA